AUGAAGGAGAAUGAGUCCAUAAUAGAUUAUUUUACUCGAGCAUUGGCAGUGGUGAAUCAGAUGAAGCGGCUCAAUGAAAAGAUGGAAGAUGUAAGAGUAAUAGAUAAGAUUUUGCGCUCUCUUAACGCAAAAUUCACUUAUGUGGUGGUGGCGAUUGAAGAAUCGAAGGACAUAGAGUCUAUAACCAUCGACGAGUUACAUGGAUCGUUGUUAGCCUAUGAAGAGAGAAUGAAGAGGACCCAACAAGAACCAAUGGAGCAAGUUUUGCAAGCAAAAUUUUCCUUUAAUCCUAAGGGAAAUAACAAAGGAGGAAGAGGCCGAGGUCGUGGUAGAAGCCGAGGUUGUGGAUGA